AUGGACCCCAUCAGGCAGUUGAGAAAAGCCACAACGGGCAAAAAGCCUAUUGAGCUUUUCAAGGAUGGCGAUGCUACCGACAAUAUCAAGGACGCUACGCAUGCCUCCUUUGGUAGCGACGACAAAUAUGCCUUGGACGACCUCACAAACUUCUACAACGAAGACCAACGUCAGCUGCUCAGGGCUGUCAUCUUCUGUUGGAUGCACGACAAGUCCUCGAUUGUGGACUACAAAAAUGCUUGUUUAGAGAAUGGCAUACCCGACUUCAAGUUCUUGGUGAAGGCUGAAUUGACAACCUGGUUGAGUGGAAGCUCUGAUUCUUGUCAGUUUGUGAAAGAGGACGAGGCUACAGGAGAUGCUGGCGAUGCCGCAGACGAAAAUGAAAAGAAGAGAAAGUUGGAGGACCCUCAGAUGGCCCGCAUAGAAAAGUACCAGGAAGACUCUGUGGACCAUAACUCGGCCUUGAGAGGUUCGAAAAAUAUCGUCUUCAAGACCCUCAUAUCCGAUGCAAAGAGAUUUUCGUCGCAAUUAAAGAGAAGCAAGUCUUCUAGACCCUCCAGCUCUAACGGAACGGGCACUGCUGCUAGCAAAAAGCUGCCCAUCAUCAUCAUUUCCCCAGCCACCACAGCAUUACUUUCUUUGGCCAACAUCAAAGAGUUUUUGGAGGAGAGCCGAUUCGUGGAGCCCAAUGUCAGUACCAUGAAGAGACCAGAGACAGGCGUGGUGACCAUCAACCACGUCUCCGACAAACUAGCUCCUUCCGCACACUCCAUCAUGGUUGUGGAUAAUGUCGACAUGUUCACUAAACCAGAAUACUGGGACAGAGUGGUGGCCAUCAUUACGACAGGACAAGCCUGGCAGUUCGCUAAAUACAAGUAUUCGAAGCCUGAGGUUUUGUUUCAAAAAUAUCCCGGUUUUUUCAUCGCUUAUCAGAAUGAUGUGGUACCAAAGCAGAUCAAGGACUGGAACGUGAAUGUCGUGAGAAUCGAUCGUGGCGAAAAAAGAUUCAGAGAUAAAAUGAUCAUCAGAGACUUGUGGAUCCAUUUGGAAAAGAUCCUUGUGGGUAGAGGGUACGGGGCUCAGGAGUGA